AUGUGUCAUUUCUUUCUUUGCAGUUGUCAUGAUCAUCAAUUGGCUGACAAAGAGAGUAUCCAUGGCCACAUUUGCGAUAAACUGGCUAUUCUAAGACAACCAGCAAAAUUCUUACCGUCAGAAGAGCUCCGGCAGAAAUGGAAGAAACAAAUGCGAGAUUUAAACUUGCAGGUAAUUGAUACAGCUGCCACCAGAGCUCGCCACCUGUUGUUCCAGGGUCUCCAUGAGAAAGCUGUCCCAGCUGCACUUGUCGCUGUCAGAUUCUGCUUGCAACAACAUGGUCCUUCAAGUAUAGAACUUGUGCCGGCUUAUUUGUGUCUUGGAGAAGCCUGUAUUGGCUUGAGAAAACUUGGAAAAGCAGAGGAAUAUCUGUCGCAGGCAAACUGGAUUGCAAUCACUGACCCCAACUGCCCGAGUUCCAUCAUGUACAAUUUACACCGCAAUUUAGGAUUACUGUACGCAGCUAAGGGAGAUUACUCAGAAGCUCUAAGACAUUUUGCCGACGAUAUCUAUCAUGCGUCUGAGGAAUUUGGUACAAACUCACUGAAGACAUCUGGCGGCCAUUAUCACAUGGCGAAUGUCUUCUUUCGUCAAAGUAAAAUGGAUAUAGCCAUGUCGAUCUAUCGACAAGUAACUAAGAUUUGGCAUAAAUAUCUGUCGGAAAUUGCAACCAACAAGAUGAAGCAAGCUUCUCAACCGCAGGCGAUAACCAUUACCGUCUCGAAAGAUGAACAGACUCCAGGUCUCAGUGAGUAA